GCCUUUGCUCUUAAGACACCUGGAGGCAAGUGACUCAGCACUUUCCUGGCUCCUUUUGACCCGGAUCAGGCUCCGCAGCUGCAGAGAGAGACCAAGAUGCCCGGACCCUUCACCAUCACCUACUUCCCCGUGCGCGGGCGCUGUGAGGCUAUGCGAAUGCUGCUGGCCGACCAGGGGCAGAAGUGGCAGGAGGAUGUAGUGACCAUAGAUCAGUGGCAGAAGGGAGAGCUCAAGAAAUCCUGUGUGUUUGGGCAGCUGCCCAAGUUUCAGGAUGGAGACUUGACCCUGUACCAGUCCAACGCCAUCCUGCGGCACCUGGCCAGGACCUAUGGGCUAUACGGAAAGGACCAGCGGGAGGCAGCGUUGCUGGACAUGGUGAAUGAUGGGGUGGAAGAUCUGCGCCUCAAAUACCUCCAACUCAUCUACCAGAACUACGAGAACGGUAAAGCGGCCUAUGUGGAGGCACUGCCAGGGCAGCUGCGCCCCUUUGAGACCCUGCUGUCCCAGAACCGCGCUGGCCAGGCCUUCAUUGUCGGAGAUCAGAUCUCUUUUGUAGACUAUAACCUGGUGGAGCUGGUGCGAAACCUCCUGGUGCUGGCACCUGGCUGCCUGGCCUCCUGCCCUCUGCUGGCCGCUUAUGUGGAGCGGCUGAGUUCCCGGCCCCGCCUGCGCACCUUCCUGGAGUCGGCCACCCACCGUGACCGGCCCAUCAAUGGCAACGGCAAGCAGUGAACCUCAUGGAUAGAGGGAGGGGGCACUCCUGUGGCAUAAUAAACAGCUCCCAGACCAGG